AAACAAAGUGAAAUUUUAAAGUGGUAACACUGCCGUGAAAAUGGAAGCUGCCCAUUCAUUUUCGUUCACUUUCAUUUUUUAAUUCUGUUCUCCUUGGAUUUUAUAAACGAUGUUUACUUUUAUAAGUUUUCUCUUUAUAAUUUUUGUCUUUCUUUACCUUCAUUAUAAGUAUUUUAAGAUCGACUUAACGUUGAAAAUUUACGAAAUAUUUGGCAAGAACGUUGAGCAACUGAAAGGUAAAGUUGUGUGGAUAACAGGUGCAUCGAGUGGUAUUGGGGAACAUUUAGCGUACGAGUUGGCCAGAGUUGGUUGCAAAUUAGUGCUUUCUGCUCGAAGACAGCAAGAGUUGGAGAGGGUAAAACGAAAAUGUUGUGAACUUUCUGUAAAUUUGACUGAUUUUGAUGGUGAUAGUGACAUACUUGUUUUGCCGUUGGAUACAACGAAAUUUGAAUCACAUGAAGAAGCAUUUACGAUCAUCCUAAAUCAUUUUGGCCAGGUUGAUAUUCUUGUAAACAACAGUGGCAGAUCCCAACGAGCUCUUGCUGUUGAUACAGAACUACAAGUUGAUCGUGAAUUAUUUGAUCUCAAUGUGAUUGGUUCUAUAUCCUUGACUAAAACUGUUUUACAUCACAUGAUCAAGAAUAAGACAGGUCAUGUUGUUGUUGUAAGCAGUGUACAGGGAAAAUUUGGUGUGGUUGGUUCUGCAACAUAUUCUGCAUCUAAAUUUGCCCUUCAGGGAUAUUUUUCCAGCCUUCGUGCUGAACUUUAUGAUAAAGGUAUCAAAGUCACUUCCAUAUGCCCAGGACCAAUCAAAACAGCAAGUGUACAAAAUGCUGUUACAGAAACUCACGGCACGAGUUAUAAAGAUAAGAAAAUUAAAGAAAAUGUCUCUGGACGAAUGGAAGCUGGGAUGUUUGCAAGAUACAUGGCCAUAGCUAUUGUAAAUGAAUUGGAUGAAUGUUGGAUUUCACCUCAGCCUGUAUUACUAAUUACAUAUGCAUCCCAAUACUUGCCAUCUAUUUUCAACACGUUAUAUAAAAGGUUUGCAAUCAAAGGAUUGAAAAAACUUCGAGAAACUGAAGAAAAAAAAUCAGAUUAAUAUGAAAAAAGAUGAAUAAGAAAUGAGGAAAAUGUUGAUUAUUGGAGAUUGAUUAUGUGUUGGUGGUAGCAUUUCCAAAGAUGAUAAAUCUUCAGCUAAUGAAAUUAUGCCUUGAACUACUGACUACAUGUGAUGGGAUUUGAUUUAAAUGUAAAUUUCCUGUUCUAACAAUAUUUAGACCAAAUUGCAGGUGUGAAUUUCCCUAAUUUAUUUACGAAGUUCCUAUUAUUCACAUUAUAUAUAUGAAAUUAUUUAAUUUA